UCCGGCUUUUUCGGAUUUCUUUACAAUUUUAAACUUGAAUCUUGAGGUAAUUUUCACACAAAAAGUGCUUCCCAAAAAUGGCAAAAGACUCCGCCGGCCCUUCACCCCCGAAAAAGCGCAAACAUCCGGCCCCCUUAACCUACGAAAAUCGUGUCCUGUUGGCCAAGGAACUGCUCCAAAACCACCCGGUCAUCUGGAACCGGAAGCACCCCAAAUUCCACACCAACUCGGCCCGCGACGCGGCCUGGACGGUGGUGGCGUCAAACCUGCGCUUGGACCUAGAGACCACCCGCAAGGAGUGGAAACGCUUUAUGAACAUGCACUUCACUCGGCAACAGCGCCUGAGCCGGGGCGGCGCCCCGGCCAAGACGACCCAGCUGCACCGGUUGCUGGACGGGUUGUUUCCGAAAGAGUCCGACUCCGAAGAGGUGGUGGAGGUGACCGUAAGGGGACUUCAGUGUGCGCUCUGUCUCAGGUGGACGAGUAAUGGGGAGUUGUUUGAGAUGUUCGAGGAUGUUGGAGGGGUGGCGCCGAAGGUUCGCACCGUUUUGGGGGUUUAUUUCUGCGAGAAGUCGGUGGGGGGACGGAAGAUCUGUGCGCUGUGUCGGCAGUUGGUUGAGUUAAUGGAGGAGUUCCGGACGCUGUGUCAGUUGACGAAUGAGCUGGGCCAGGAACGGGUUCGCAUUCAGGUGCUGGACUCGGCGGACGCCGUCGGGUGGCGCUCGUGCGCCAGUAAGGUUGCGAAAGUGUGCGAUUCCGUGCGGUUGCAGCAGAGAUUGGUGGAUCGUGCGAUGAAGCAGGACGCGGAAGAACCGGUCGGGAUAAAGCUGGAAGUUGAAGAGGAGGGUGACCGCAAGGAGGAAGAAGACCGUCUGAAAUUGUCCCCGGUUGAGGUCAAAAAAGAGGAGGAAAGUUCGUCGGAUGAGGAAGAUUCUUCAGACGACGAGGACUCAACCGAAUCUGAGAGUGAAGACGACAAUACUCUCUACGAAGUGUUCAAAGUGGUGGAAGGUGAAGACGAAACCGCCAAGAUCAAAUCCGAGCCCGAGGAUAACGACGCAGUCGUUAUUGAACCCGACAAACCUCCCACUCCACCCUCGCACCACAAAUUCACCGCAGCGGAUCGGCUCCGCUUCGCCCAGGUCUGCCACUCCCAUCCCAUCAUCUGGAACCACCGCGACCUCCCCAAAAACCAGUCCAACUCAAAAACCAACUCCCGGAACGCCGCCUGGGACGCGAUCGCGGCCCAGUUCGACAUCACGCGCGACCAGGCCAAGCUCGAGUACAAACGGUUGCGCAACAUUCACGCGGGUCGCGGAUCGCGACUCGCCUCGGGCGAGCUGCGCUCGGACGAUUACCUGAUUGUGGAUCCGCUGUUUGGGGUGCUGUGUAAGAUGAUGGGAGCGCCGGCGGCGGUGGCCUCUACCAAGAAGAAGGUCGAACCGAGAAAGAGCACUGCCAAACAGCCGAAGCGGCGACAGCAAAGGGUGCGGACGAAUGGGGAAAGGAAGGAGCGCCACCGGAUGGAUUACGAGUGGAGUUUGCGGUUCGCGAAGGAGGUUGAUAAGCUGGAGCCGUUCUGGAACGUGAGCCAUGCGGACCACACCCGUCCCACCAUGACCAAGCUGCUGUCCUCGCUGGCCGCCACAAUGCAGUGCGACGUGGCCACCGUCCGGCGGGAGUGGAAACGCUUUGGCGAGAUGCACCGCCGCAAGUUGGUGGGCCAAGCCCGAGGCCGCAAAUCCCGUACAGUCAACGCCAACGCUUCAGACGACCCACUCCAGCCGCUGCUGGACAAGUUCUUCGCGUACAAGACGCUGGAAGGCGGCGGCCGACUCAAGUCCCGCUUCGACUCGGAGGGUUGCGUGGCGCGGGAGCAACGGGGCGUCAUCCGGUACGUGAAGGUCUGCGAGGAGUGCGGCAAACACGUGGAACGGUCCGUCUUUGAGGCGCACAUGAACCGGCACCGGGGCGUCAAACCGUACGGGUGUCGGUUCUGCGAGGGAAGGUACACGACGCGGGUCAAUCGCGAUCGGCACGAGAACAUUUAUCACACGCGGGAGGGCUUUGACAUUGAGUGUGACGCGUGUGGGGAACGGUUUCGGCACAAGAGCAGCUUGGCGUUUCAUUACGCGGUGAGGCACAAGAGCGCGAAUGUGCCCUGUGGGAUCUGCCAGAAGGUGUUUAAACAUGAUCGUCACUUGGACUUUCACAUGCAGAAGCAGCACUCCGUUAAACUGACCAACUAUCGGAAGUCGAUGGCGGCGAAGGCGGUUAAGGGUUAGUGAGGGGAAGAUCAACUCCGCCAAGCAGAAAGUACAAAGUAAGAAGAGAGUCUAAAAGACUGGUUAAUUUAGGUCCAUCUGCAGAGCAGAUGGCGGAAAUAAGUAUUAUGAAGAUUAUGAAAUUAUGAUUUGAUUUGAUGAUUAUUUUUUUCUGAUAAAAAAGCCAUGUUAUCAUAGAAUAUACAAAAU